CACACUGCUUCCUUUUCACUCUCACUCUGACAGUCUGCAGUUCAACAUGUUGCCUGAGCGAUGCUGCGCACCACAGUGGAAGCCAUCCUGCCGGUGUACCGGCCGCGCACCCCAGCCCGAGCAUCAGUGCUCCAUUUGAAGGACCUGUGUGAAGAGGAGUGCGACCCUCACAAACCCCAGCCACCGCCCAACAGAGAGGAACACAACGCCAGCUCCAUGUGGAGGGAGGCCAUGCGUAAGAGGAGCUACUUGCUGGAGAGGAGCACCCGGACAGGAGGAGAUGUAACAGGAGGAGGUGUGCGUGGCCGGAGACAGAGGUCCCCAGACUGGCUGUAUGAUUCGUACUAUCGUAUGAGCCAGCAGCACCCACUUAUUGUUUUUCUGCUUCUCAUUGUGAUGGGUGCCUGCCUGGCUCUAUUGGCUGUUUUCUUCGCCUCUGGGCUGGAUAUCGAGGAUCACGUCGCCUUUGUUAUCACUGUCCCCACUGCGCUGGCUAUUUUCCUCACCAUCUUUGUUCUGGUCUGCAUCGAGUCCAUCUUCAAGAAGCUGCUACGAGUUUUCUCCUUGGUGAUCUGGGCCUGCCUGGUUGCCAUGGGUUACCUCUUUAUGUUUUUUGGAGGAAUCAUCUGUCCCUGGGAUCAGGUGUCUUUCUUCUUGUUCAUCAUCUUUGUGGUAUACACUAUGCUCCCCUUCUCUAUGAGAGAUGCCAUCAUAGCCAGCGUGCUCACUGCGUCGUCUCAUACUGUUGUCCUCAGUGUCUGCCUCUCCUCUACAGUCGACCAUGUGGAGCCCCUGGUAUGGCAGAUUCUGGCAAAUAUCAUAAUUUUCAUAUGUGGGAACCUGGCAGGAGCAUACCAUAAGCAUCUGAUGGAACUGGCGCUAAAGCAGACAUAUCAAGACACCUGCAACUGUAUAAAAUCACCCAUCAAACUGGAGUUUGAGAAGCGACAACAGGAACGUCUGUUGCUGUCUCUGCUUCCUGCUCACAUUGCCCGAGUGAUGAAAGCUGAAAUCAUACAGAGACUACAGGGGCCAAAGUUUGGUCAGGUGGAAAACACCAACAACUUCCAUAAUUUAUAUGUACAACGUCACACCAAUGUCAGUAUUUUGUAUGCUGACAUUGUUGGAUUUACCCGCUUGGCCAGCGAUUGCUCACCUGGAGAGCUGGUGCAUAUGUUGAAUGAGCUAUUUGGCAAAUUUGACCAGAUUGCUAAGGAAAAUGAAUGUAUGAGAAUAAAAAUUUUAGGGGACUGUUAUUACUGUGUAUCUGGCCUCCCAGAGUUCUUGCCAAAUCAUGCCAAAAACUGUGUGAAGAUGGGUCUUGACAUGUGCGAAGCUAUUAAGAAAGUGAGAGACGCCACAGGAGUGGACAUUAAUAUGCGAGUUGGUGUUCACUGAAACGUUCUAUGUGGUGUGAUUGGCCUUCAGAAAUGGCAAUAUGAUGUCUGGUCACAUGAUGUGACUUUAGCCAAUCACAUGGAAGCAGGUGGUGUGCCUGGACGAGUCCACAUCACCUCAGUGACUCUUGAGCACUUGAAUGGGGCAUAUAAGGUUGAAGACGGAGAUGGCCAGGAGCGUGAUCCUUAUCUAAAAGAGCACGGAGAUGUAACCUUCUUAGUGAUCAACCCAAAGGUAUGAAGAACAAAUAAACAAAAGAAAAGCCCUCAGCACCACUACAGACCCAGACACACCAUAGAUGGGGCUAAAAUGAGAGCUUCAGUGAGGAUGACCAGAUCUGAGUCAUGGGGUGCAGCCAAACCUUUCGCAAACCUUCACCACAGAGACAGCAUGACCAAUGAGAAUGGAAAAAUCAACACCGCUGAUGUCCCCAUGGGCCAGUACCACUUUCAGAGGCGUUCAGAGAGAACAAAAUCUCAAAAGAAGCGUUUUGAGGAGGAGCUCAAUGAAAGGAUGAUUCGAACUUUUGAUGGCAUCAAUUCUCAAAAACAAUGGCUCAAGUCGGAGGACAUUCAGAGAAUAUCUUUGUUUUUCCACAAUAAAACAUUAGAAAAAGAGUAUAGAUCAACGACCCUGCCAGCCUUCAAAUAUUACAUCACCUGUGCCUGCUUGAUAUUCUUCUGCAUUUUUAUUGUGCAGAUCCUGGUUCUGCCAAAAACUGCAAUAUUGGGAAUAUCAUUUGGAAUGUCUUUCUUAAUUCUGUCUGUGAUUCUGCUCAUUUGCUUCAUUGGGCAUUUCUUGCAUUGCGAUAAGACAGCCUCCACAUCUUGGCUCUGGAUCCUUAGAUCCUCGGGAAUCAUCGCCAACAAGCCCUGGCCACCACCCCUCACCAUGGCAACCACAGCCCUCAUCCUGAUCAUGGCUGUCUUCAAUAUGUUCUUUGUAGAAGACAACCUAACAUCCGCAGAUACUGUUUAUAAUGCAUCAAAUGAGACACUUCUUCAGCCUGAUGGACAUCCCAUAUCUUACCUGGACAACAACACAUUUUACCUUCCUUAUUUCAUCUACAGUUGCAUUCUGGGCCUGAUUUCCUGCUCGGUGUUCCUGAGGAUCAACUAUGAGCUGAAGAUGCUCAUCAUGCUAACAGCCGUGGUGCUCUACAGCGCCAUCAUACUUCAAACGCAUGCAUCUCUGCUGGACGAGUAUAGUAGAUUCCUCUAUAAAACAGAGAUCCUGGAUAGGCCAGGAGUACUAAAAGACUUGAAAACUAUGGGUUCUGUAUCUCUCUUUAUAUUCUUCUGUACUCUGCUUGUUCUAGCUAGACAGAAUGAAUAUUACUGUAGGUUGGAUUUCCUGUGGAAGAACAAGUUCAAGAAAGAAUGCGAGGAGAUAGAAACCAUGGAGAACCUUAAUCGUGUGCUGUUGGAAAACGUUUUGCCAGCCCAUGUAGCAGAGCACUUUUUGGCCAGGAACUGGAAGAACGAGGAUCUGUAUCACCAAUCAUAUGACCUGGUGUGUGUGAUGUUUGCUUAUCCUGACUUCAAAGAGUUCUACACAGAAUCAGAUGUAAACAAGGAGGGUCUUGAGUGCCUCAGACUACUCAACGAAAUCAUUGCAGACUUUGAUGAGUUGCUCUCUAAGCCAAAGUUUAGUGGGGAGAAGAUAAAGACCAUUGGAAGCAUUACAUAUGGCGCCACUGACCUCAAUGACCCAGGACCAGAAUAUACACAGGAGCAUGACAGGCAGUACAUGCACAUUGGUACCAUGGUGGAGUUUGCCUUUGCACUGGUGGGGAAGCUUGAUGUCAUCAAUAAACAUUCCUUCAAUGAUUUCAAACUCAGAGUGGGUAUUAAUCAUGGACCUGUGAUUGCUGGAGUGAUUGGAGCUCAGAAGCCCCAGUAUGACAUUUGGGGCAACACAGUGAAUGUAGCAAGCAGAAUGGACAGCACAGGAGUCCUGGGAAAAAUACAGGUUACAGAAGAGACGAGUUGCAUUUUGCAGACAUUAGGCUACAUGUGCACAUGCAGAGGAAUUAUAAAUGUGAAAGGCAAAGGAGAGCUCAAAACAUACUUCGUCCACACUGAGAUGAGCCGGUCUUUAUCCCAGGGGAAUGUAAUGCCAUGAAGCAUAGCAACAAACAUGCAAUGAACUGCAGACAUCCGCACACAGGAAUAAAAGGGACAUUUGUAAAUAAUUGCACCUAGUCUUUAGAUGCACGGAGUAUUGGAUGUAUUGAAAGUGAUACCAUUUCUACUGUAUCUCAUAGGCAGGGUUUGUGCACAGGGUACUUCUGUAAGUAUGGUAGCAAUUAUUUUGUAAGAAAAUCAAAUAUAACAAAAAGUGUUUUGAUGUUUCAAUGCCAUUGUUUUUCUUUAUUUUUCU